UGGAAAUCCUUCUUUCAAAUCGUUGCAUGUUCACUAAUUAGUACGAUGAUAUCAGUGUUUUGAAAAUUAAAAUAAACAACGUGUUGAGGAAGAUGCUGAAGUAUCAACUCUUACUGCUAAUUGUUUAAGUUGAACAGGGUACAACACUUCUUCAUGUUCUUAUUGUAAAAAGAUGAUGAAUAUAAAAUCUGAACCUGCAGAAGUUGAUGAUAACGUGUCAGAAACCCACCAGGGAGAUGCUUAUACAUCUUACACUAGUUUCGAUCCAAAGACAAUAAAAUGUGAAUCUAUUAUGGAAAGUGAAGAGGAAAAUACAACCAAUCUGCAGUACCAACCAUGCCAACAGACAGAGUCAAACAAUGAAAGAAACACUUUUGAACAAGACAAUGCCACUUUCCAGUUGGGUGGCAUUGGAGACUGUAUCUCAGCUCCGAUAAUACAACAGGUUACUCCAGAACAACAACAGAUGAUGAUUACAGAAGCUGUAUCGAAAUCAAUGGGCUCAAAUACAGAAAACAUGACAGAUUUAGCUAAUGACAAUAAAAUGAAGACUAGUAACCAUGGUGAUGAAAAUACUGCUGAUAUACACGAACAAACAAACACACAAACAAAUAUUGUUACUUCAACAUUGAGGACAGAAGUUGAAAUGGUCAUUGUUGGCUACACACAAGCAGACUCUGAAACUGAUAGUUGUUCAAACAAAGACAAAAUACAGCAAUCAACUACAUGUCAGUCUUGUGGCCUGGAUACUGCAGAUGCACAGAAUAUAGAUAUAGUUGUCAAAGCUGAGGUUGGUUUGACCACUUGCCAUUCCUGUGGUAGAUUGGAUCCUUCGCUAACACAAAACCCGCAUGGAGAAAAUGUCAAUGCUAAAAAAGAUCACCUUAAAAUACAAAUGGAUGAAAUCAAAGAUUCUCAUAUCACAAAGGAGAAAAAUAGUUUAGAAAACCAUAAUGAUCAAGCUAGUUUGAAAUUGAAACAUAAAGGAACUCACAAAGCCAAAAAAACAUUACAAUGUGAAAUCUGCAAUAAAACAUUUUCUCAGAGUAGAGACUUCAAACGACACAAUAAAAUUCACGCCGGCGACAGGCCACAUAAAUGCGAAACAUGUGGUAGGACUUUUGUAAUGAGUUCCGACCUAAAAAGUCAUCUCAAAACACAUUCAGGUGAUAAACCUCAUGCAUGUGAAAUAUGCGAGAAACCAUUUGCUCGACGUGAUUCUUUGAAAAUUCACAUGAUGAUGCACAAGGGGGAAAGACCAUAUGAAUGCCAAGAUUGUGGUAAAAGAUUUAUCAAGAAAGCAUCGUUAAAGCUGCACUCUCUGACACACACGGGUGUUAAACAGCAUGAAUGUGAAAUCUGUAGCAAAUUUUUUGGUCGUAGCACGGAUUUGAAAUACCACAUGCGCACGCACACAGGAGAGAAACCAUAUCAGUGUCAAAUAUGUGGUCUACAAUUUGCCAUGCCAGUUUAUUUAAAAAGUCACACUUUGAAACACAGUGGGGAAACACCCUAUGAAUGUAAAAUAUGUGAUAAGAAAUUUGUAAAGAAAAGUUCCCUAGAAACCCAUAAUCUAACACAUACUGGUGAAGAACCUGGUCAUGAAUGUGAAACUUGCCGUAAGAAGUUCUACAGCGAACAUUCUUUAAAAAAACACAGUGUGAUACACAUGGACGAAAAACCACACCAAUGUGAAUGGUGUGGAAGGUCAUUUGCUCAGGCCAGCACUUUGAAAUCACAUGUUACUGAAACUCAUAUUGGUGAGAAACCUUUUGUUUGUCAAUUAUGUGGUAAAAGAUUUGCAAGAAAAACAACUUUAAACACACAUGGUCUAACACAUUCGGGUAUCAAAUCACACGAGUGUCAAAUGUGUGGUAAAGGAUUUUCUAGAAAGUCAGAUUUAAGGAGGCAUGAAAAAACACAUAUAUCUGGAAAACGGAAUAAAUUGACUAACAGUGAAUUCAAGCAUGAAGAGGAGGAUGAUACUUAAGGAUUAGAUACGAUAAUGUAACCAUUUGCUACUCUCCAGAGAGGGUUAACAUUCUAGCUAUAGACCCUGUUUAAGUUAAUUAUGUCUUUCAAUUAUGCUUGCCUUUAUAAUGUCGACUCAUUUACCAGAUGGAGGGGUCCGUCUGUAUCCCUGCACUAUUAAACUUCAUCAAGUGUUAUACUGUAUAUGCUACUCUACAGACAUGACAGACAGGGUUACAUUUCUAUCUAUAGACCACAUUCUUUUUAUGUCAUUCACUGGUUAAGUUUGUCAAUAUUGCCUGCCUUUACAAAGUCAUAUACCAGAUACCGGGGCCCAUCUGUAUCUCUGCUCUAUCAAAAUUCCGCAAGAGUCAUGGUGAUUGUCAUUUUGCAGAAUAAACUAGAAAUAAUGCUCGUUCCUUAAUGAUAGCAGUGCUGAUGAGCAGUCUGACGGAAUCAAUUUCCCAAAUGUAUCGACCAAAACAUCAUCAUUUUAUUAUCAACCACGAGCUUAACAUAGGAAAGGGAAGUAAACAAUGACCAUAAACAUGCUAAAUGAAGGACUGAUGUUUAUUUAUAAGGAAAUGUAGAUGAAAAUGUUACAAACUCGAAAACGGUAUAUUGAGCUAACAUGAAUAAGUUAUUUCAGGGAAAUAAUGGAAAUAAUGUAGUUUCAUCUCAUGAAAAGAGUGACAUUAAAGCAUAAAUAAAGCAUACUUUUUCCUCAAGAGAACUUUUUGGUUGCUACAAGUAUUAAAAUUCAAUAUUCAAAAUA